AUGAGUACGGUCGAUAAAAUGCUGAUCAAGGGUAUCAGAAGUUUCGACCCAGAAAAUAAGAAUGUUAUCACUUUUUUCAGGCCUUUAACCCUAAUCGUCGGUUCCAAUGGAGCCGGAAAAACUACGAUUAUAGAGUGCUUGAAAGUAUCUUGCACUGGAGAGUUGCCACCGAACGCGAGGUCUGGUCACAGCUUCAUUCAUGACCCGAAGGUUGCUGGGGAAACGGAGACAAAAGCACAAAUCAAACUGCGGUUCAAGACGGCUGCAGGGAAAGAUGUGGUAUGCAUAAGGUCAUUUCAGUUGACACAAAAGGCUUCAAAGAUGGAGUACAAGGCAAUUGAGAGCGUGCUUCAAACCAUCAAUCCUCACACUGGGGAGAAAGUAUGUCUCAGUUACAGAUGCGCUGACAUGGAUAGGGAGAUACCAGCUUUGAUGGGUGUGUCAAAAGCUAUUUUAGAAAACGUCAUAUUUGUGCACCAAGAUGAGUCUAACUGGCCACUGCAAGAUCCUUCUACUUUGAAAAAGAAGUUUGAUGAUAUUUUCUCAGCCACCAGAUAUACCAAGGCUUUGGAGGUUAUUAAGAAGCUUCACAAGGAUCAAGCUCAGGAGAUAAAAACUUAUAAGUUGAAGUUGGAAAAUCUGCAGACCUUGAAAGACGCAGCUUAUAAGCUCCGUGAGAGCAUUGCUCAAGAUCAAGAAAGGACAGAGUCUUCAAAAGUUCAGAUGUUGGAACUGGAAACCAGCAUUCAGACAGUGGAUGGUGAAGUUCACAGUAAGGAAAUGAUGUUAAAAGAUUUGAGAAAGCUACAAGACCAAGUUUCAAGAAAAACUGCCGAAAGGAGUACCUUAUUUAAGGAGCAGCAGAGGCAGUAUGCAGCAUUGUCCGAGGAAAAUGAAGAUACAAUCGAAGAAUUGAAAGAAUGGAAAAGCAAGUUUGAAGAAAGAAUUGCUCUUUUGGAGACCAANAUUCGAAAGAUGGAGAGAGAGAUGGAUGACACAGAAACUACAAUUUCUUCUCUUCACAAUGCAAAAACCAACUAUAUGCUGGAGAUCAGCAAGUUACAAACAGAAGCUGAAGCUCAUAUGCUGUUGAAGAAUGAAAGAGAUUCUACCAUCCAAAAAACUUUUUCCCAUCACAAUUUGGGAAAUGUUCCCAAUACCCCCUUUAGUACUGAGGUAGUUUUGAAUCUCACAAAUCGAAUAAAAUCAAGACUGAGUGAACUUGAGAUGGACUUGCUUGAUAAGAAGAAAUCAAAUGAAACUGCUCUAAGUACGGCUUGGGAUUGCUAUAUGGAUGCUAAUGACCGUUGGAAAAGCAUCGAAGCUCAGAAACGAGCUAAAGAUGAAAUCAAGACAUGCAUAUCAAAACGUAUAGAAGAGAAAGAAAUGGAGCGUGAAGCAUUUGAAUUUGAAAUAUCCAAUGUGGAUGUUAAACAAAUUGAUGAAAGAGAAAAGCUAGUGCAAGUUGAACUUGAGAGAAAGUCAAAACAGAAUUCUGAAAGGGGAUUUGAAUCAAAGAUAGAACAGAAACAGCAUGAAAUAUACAGCUUGGAGCAUAAAAUCAAGACUCUGAAUCGAGAAAGAGACGUGAUGGUAGGUGAUGCCGAGGAUAGGGUGAAAUUGUCUUUGAAGAAGACGGAACUGGAGAAUCUUAGGAAGAAACACAAAAAGAUAAUAGAUGAGUGCAAGGAUAAAAUUAGAGGGGUACUGAAGGGGAGAUUGCCACAUGAGAAGGAUAUGAAGAAGGAAAUAGUUCAAGCUCUAAGGUUAAUUGAAAGGGAAUAUGAUGACCUGAGUUUGAAAUCCCGAGAAGCAGAAAAGGAGGUCAACAUGUUGCAGAUGAAGAUACAAGAAGUGAACAGUAGUCUAUCCAAGCAUCACAAGGAUACAGAAUCAAGAAAGAGGUACAUUGAGUCCAAGCUUCAAGCCUUAAAACAAGAAUCAUUUAGUAUCGAUGCUUAUCCCAGAUUGUUGGAGUCGGCUAAGGGCAAAAGGGAUUACCAUAAAAGCAAAUAUAACAUGUCAGAUGGUAUGCGCCAGAUGUUUGAACCUUUUGAGCAGCUAGCCCGUAAACAUCAUUCUUGUCCUUGCUGUGACCGCACUUUUUCUGCUGAAGAAGAGGACAACUUCGUUAAGAAGCAAAGGCUAAAGGCUUCAACCACGGCGGAGCAUGCCAAAGACUUAUUAGCAGAGGCUUCAAAUGCUGACUCUAUAUUUCAGCAGCUGGAUAAACUACGGUCAGCUUUUGAAGAGUAUUCGAAACUAAGUAAUGAAAUUAUUCCUCUCGCUGAGAAAAAGUUGCAAGAGCAUACAGAAGAGCUGGAUCAGAAGUCUGAAGCCCUUGAUGAUGUGUUGGGAAUCUCAGCCCAAAUAAAAGCAGACAAAGACUCAGUUGAAGCACUGGUGCAGCCCCUGGAAAAUGCUGAUAGGCUCUUCCAGGAAAUCAUAUCCUACCAAAAGCAAAUUGAAGAUCUUGAAUAUAAGCUUGAUUUCAGGGGUCUUGGGGUUAAAACUAUGGAAGAAAUCCAAUCAGAAUUAAGUAGCCUCCAAAGCACGAAGGAUAAAUUGCACGAUGAGCUGGAGAAAUUAAGGGAUGAACAGAUUUACGCGGAACGUGAUAUAUCAUGCCUCCAGGCCAGAUGGCAUGCACUAAGGGAGGAGAAGGCUAAGGCAGCCAAUUUGUUACGUGACGUUACAAAGACAGAAGAAGACUUGGAACGUUUAGCCGAGGAGAAAAGUCAACUUGACCAUGACGUGAAGUAUCUGACUGAGGCUCUGGGCCCUUUAUCCAAAGAAAAGGAGCAGUUACUGAGUGACUACAAUGAUAUGAAGGUUAAACGUAAUCAAGAGUAUGAAGAACAGGCUGAGAAAAAGAGAAACUACCAACAAGAAGUUGAGGCAUUACUCAAGGCCUGUUCUAAGAUUAAUGAGUAUCAUGAUCUGAAGAAAGGAGAGCGGUUAAAUGAUAUUCAAGAAAAGCAGCGGUUAUUGGAAUCCCAGCUUCAGAGCUUGGAAGCUAGAAGGAAUGAAAUUGCAGCUGAACUGAACAAAAGUAAAGACUUGAUGCGGAAUCAAGAUCAACUGAGAAGAAAUAUAGAGGAUAACUUGAACUACCGGACAACAAAAGCAGAAGUUGAGGAGCUUACACGUGAGAUUGAAUCACUGGAAGAGCGAAUCUUGAAAAUUGGUGGGAUUCCCGCAGUUGAAGCUGAACUUGUAAAGAUAUCACGGGAAAGAGAAAGACUUCUUUCAGAGUUGAACCGGUGCCGUGGAACAGUAUCUGUUUACGAGAGCAGUAUUUCGAAGAACAAGGUGGAGCUAAAACAGGCACAAUACAAGGACAUAGAUAAGCGGCACUUUGAUCAACUAAUCCAGCUAAAGACAACUGAAAUGGCAAAUAAAGACUUGGAUAGAUACUACAAUGCCCUUGACAAAGCACUAAUGCGCUUCCACACAAUGAAAAUGGAGGAAAUAAAUAAGAUUAUAAGGGAAUUGUGGCAGCAGACAUACAGAGGUCAAGAUAUAGAUUACAUAAGAAUACAUUCAGAUUCCGAGGGUGCAGGCACUCGCUCUUACAGCUACAAGGUUCUUAUGCAGACUGGUGACACAGAACUUGAAAUGAGAGGAAGAUGCAGUGCUGGUCAAAAGGUUCUUGCUUCAUUGAUAAUAAGGUUGGCUUUGGCCGAGACAUUUUGCCUAAAUUGUGGAAUAUUAGCCCUUGAUGAGCCAACUACAAACUUGGACGGGCCCAAUUCAGAAUCUCUUGCAGGAGCCCUGCUUAGGAUCAUGGAGGACAGAAAAGGCCAGGAGAAUUUCCAACUGAUAGUCAUUACCCACGACGAACGCUUUGCUCAAAUGAUUGGCCAACGGCAACAUGCUGAAAAAUAUUACCGGGUCGCGAAAGAUGAUAUGCAACAUAGCAUAAUCGAGGCCCAAGAGAUCUUUGAUUGA